AUGGCGAAUAAAAAUGUGAUUAUUGACGACGAUAUCAUGAGUGAGAAAGGGGAGGCAACCCAUGAGGAGGUCAUCCAACCGACGCGGUUAACAGAGGAAGAGACGAUAGUUGAGAAGCAACUGCGCCGGCGCAUCGAUAUGUUGAUCAUGCCCUUGGUCAUUCUGGUCUACCUCAUGAACUAUAUUGAUCGGAAUAAUUACGCGGCUGCCAAACUCCAAGGCCUCACACAGGACCUCAAUCUCAGCGACUCGCAGUAUCAGACAGCCUUGUCUAUCCUGUUCGUCGGGUAUAUCCUUAUGCAGGUGCCGUCGAACUUGUUGCUCAACUACAUGGGCAGGCCAUCUCUGUAUCUGGGUUUCUUCACCACCAUCUGGGGUUUGGUGUCGACAUUGACCAGCCAGGUCAAAGGAUUCGGUGGCAUGGUUGCAUGUCGUUUUAUCCUAGGGAUAGUCGAGGCGCCCUUUUUUGCCGGCGUGCUCUUCUACCUAUCCAAGUGGUACACCAAGAAAGAGCUGGCCUUUCGUAUGAGUAUAUUCUACUCUGGUUCCCUGCUCAGCGGCGCAUUUGGAAACCUUAUUGCAGCCGGCAUUCUGGGUGGACUGGAUGGCCACCGAGGCCUUUCAGCUUGGCAGUGGCUGUAUAUUAUUGAAGGAUCCAUUACCAUGUUCGUCGGUUUGAUUCUAUGCAUUCUGCUUCCUGAUUUCCCUCAUACUUGGCGGUUUCUGUCACCAGAGAUGAAGCACGUCGCGAAUCGACGUCUUGCUAUUGAAGCCACGGAGGCCGAUAUUGAUGAGCCUGGCAAAAUGACCCAAGUGCGUGGGAUGAAGCUCGCAUUCCAGGAUGUCAAGACUUAUGCAUUAGCCAUCGCAUACAUGUCUAUAACCGGCGCAAGUGGUUUCCAAAAUUAUUUCCCGACCCUGACCCAAACGCUGGAGCCUAACAAGAUCAUCUCCUUGCUACUGGUUGCACCUCCAUAUGUCUUCAUGGUGGUAUAUAGCCUCAUCCAUUCCUUCCUGUCCGAUCGCUAUAAGUGCCGAUUCUGGUUCUUCAUCUAUCCCAUCCCAAUCACUAUCGUGGGAUUCAUGGUCUUCAUGACUACCGACAGUUUUGGUCCACGGUAUUUCUCCUUCUUCCUGAUGAUUUUCGUCUUUGCGCAGAAUGGAACUGUCUAUGCCUGGAUUGCGAACGCUAUCCCGAGACCACCAGCUAAACGCGCGGCCGCGUAUGCAUUUAUCAACUCCAUUGGCAACUCGGCCAGCAUCUGGACUCCGUAUACCUAUCGCGAGAAGGAUGGCCCACAUUAUGCAACUGCGAUGGGCAUAUGCAUUGCCCUGCAGGCCCUGGGAGGUCUCAUGGCCAUCUUCAUAUUCUUCCACCUGCGUACGUUGAACAAACGACUUGAUCGACUGGAGGAUGAGGACACCAUCUUGACCAACAGGGAGAUCCAGCGAUUGCAAAGGACAGCUGAUGUGGAGGGCAUCGAUCUCGCCGCGGCGCGCCGGUUACAGAAGGGUUUCCGGUAUAUGACAUGAUUGAAGCGUGGAUGCGACUAAAGGGUGAAGAUAGAAGACAGAGCCUGUUCAUCUAGUUGGAAUCUAC